AUGAAGCUCAACACUGUGGCGUACGCUUUGGCUGCCUCUGGCUUUACUACCGCGUCAAACUCUUUUGCAGGAUCUAGCUUGUAUUUCCUCCCUGGACUUUCGGCAUCCGACCAAGCCAACUACAUCAAUACUCUCUCCAGCUAUGGAGCCAAGGUGGUUCGCAUUUGGAUCAAUCAGCAUACGACUGGCUGUGAUAAAGGCAGCAAUAUCGUCACAAGUGUUCAAGAGUUCGAAACAAGCAUAGGUUCAUACAAUUGGGAUGCUCUGGCAAAAGUUGAUAAAGUUCUCGCCCAACUGGCCGCAAAGGGAAUGAAAGCCAUCAUCUCUCCCCAUGACGGAAAUGACAUUCACGACGGCAACACCAAUGGCAAUGGCUGUGAUAUUUACUGCAAGACCUACGGUACUUCAUUCUAUGGCAACUCGAAUGCCCAGGCUCAGUAUGACGCCCGUAUCAAGGCCAUCUUGACUUAUACGUCGCCCAGCAGUGGCCUUCAGUGGGGGAACUGGUCUCAGGCCAUAUUGGCAUUUGACCUCGAGAACGAACCUUUCCAGUUCACCUCUGACGGAGCAAACGGCGAUCCUUCCAACUGGCUCUGCAACCGAGCACAAAACUUCAAGAAGUACAUUACGGAUUCCAACAUCAAGGUCGCAACCGGAGGCAUUGGCGGUGACCAGGUUCACGGCUACAACCUGCUCUCAAAGGCUCUCACUUGCUCAGCCAUCGACAUCAUUAGCAUUCAUGCCUAUGUUGGUGAUGCGUCUACUUGGGGUUAUCUUCUUCCAGGUUUUGAGUCUACGGCCGCGUCCCACAACAAACUUCUCCAUGUAGAAGAAUGGGGAGUCCAGACCAGUUACAACUCCAACUUUAACGACCAAGCUGCUUCUCUCAAUGCUCAAGGUAUUCCAUGGACAUACUGGCAAAUGAUUCCAGGUGACGACGGCACCGAGGCUUGUAACAGCGGUUGUUGCACCGGCUAUGACGGUUUCGAAGUCGGCUUCAACAGUGGCAAGGGAAACAUUCAAUAUGCCAUCUCUCAGGCAAACAGCAAGACGACAAAGCAAGACUGGAGCUUUGUUGGAGCGCCCCCAGCUGGAGGUUCCGGCCCACCACCGCCUCCGCCGCCUCCUCCUCCUCCCUCAAACUAUCCAAAAGACACUUGUACUUGGGGCUGCGAGGGCUGGGACUGUAGUAGUUCCGUUCCUUGCCAAUCGGCUUACUCUUGUGUGGGAGGAUACUGCAAAAACUGCAGCUGGGGAUGCGGCGGCUGGGAUUGCAGCGCUUCUCAGCCGUGUAACGCGGAUUACUCUUGUGUUAAUGGCAUCUGUCACCACGCUGGCCCGGCAACCGGAAAGAGGGACCUGUCGGGAGAACUGCCAGGCAUGUCGUGGGUUGCAUAA